AUGCGUUUUGCCAAUUUCCUUGCCGUCCUGGGUCUUUGCGCCAGCCCAGCCCUGGCCAUUGAGGGCGACGAAUUGUCAGACAUUCAGGCCCAAGCUAUCGAGGCUCUUCAGGCUGCCGAAAGUGACGGCACCCUCGGAAAGAGGGGUGGGUGCAAUUUGUUCAACGCACGUGUUCGGAAAGACUGGAAUGCCUUGUCUGGCUCAGAAAGGAAAGCAUACACGAGCGCCGUGAACUGCCUUCUGAGAAAGCCAUCCAAGCUUCAAGCAUCUGGAUUUGCACCCGGUGCGAGGAACCGUUAUGACGACUUCGUUGGCGUUCAUAUCAAUCAGACUUUGAGCAUCCAUGGAACUGGUAACUUUCUCACAUGGCACCGAUACUUCACCUGGGCCUACGAAAACGCGUUGAGAGAAGAGUGCGGCUAUGAAGGAUACCAGCCUUAUUGGAACUGGCUGUCAUACCGCGAUGACCCCUCACAGGCACCGAUGUUCGACGGGAGCGAGAUCAGCAUGAGCGGCAAUGGUGUUUUCAAGGCCCAUAACGGUAGCACUUCUGGUGGUGGAGUUUACAUUCCCUCGGGUAAUGGCGGCGGCUGUGUUACCAAGGGACCAUUCGCGAAGUAG